UAUGGCGAGGAAAAGACAAGCUUUCCAGUGUUCCCUUGUGUUUUGCGGUCAGUGAGCCCAUGCGUUUGCGUUUGACAUCUGAUUAAAUCGGCAAAAAGGCAGGAGAAACAUGGCAGAGUCGGUGGGAGAAGAAGAAACAGAAAUGAUCUGUAAAUCUAAAGUAACAAAGAGUUGGAUCCCCAGUAUCAUUAAGAAAAGAGUAUGCACCACCUUUGUGGAAGAUUCUGUGAGUGAUGGCAAAAUGUGUCAGUGUGGAAAACCAAAAGUAGAGCAUCCCCCUCAGGCCAUCGGAGACUAUUUCAGUGCCGCCAUUGUGAACUAUUGGGACAGCGUCCGACACUCAUCAGAAUUACCAACCGAUGCUUAUGGAGAGCUGCAGUUUGCAGGAGCCAGCAAAAGACAUAGCUAUUUCUUGCGUCUAUCAUGGGGCACUAAUCCAUCUACCAUCUACAACCUAAUGACGGUUCAAUGGAGCCUCCCUUCACCUAACCUUGUGGUUUCUGUUGUGGGUGGAGAGAGCCAGGCGUCGGUGAAGAACUGGGUGCGGGAGGUCAUUAGAAAGGGGCUGGUGAAAUCCUCACAAAGAGCAGGAGCGUGGAUAAUAACAGAGGGCUUUCGGGAAGGAGUUGGCAAGUGUGUGGGUGAGGCAGUGAGGGAUCACGCCACUGCUGCAUCUUCAGGUUCCUUCAACAAGGUGGUGGCGGUUGGCAUCGCAUCAUGGGGCUUAGUCUACAAUAAAGAGCAGCUGAUCAACCCUGAGGGCAGCUACCCUGCCAAGUAUGAUAUCAGGAACUCUCCUAAAGAUUCAUGCUGCCUGGACAACAACUACCAGGCGUUUCUGCUGGUGGAUGAUGGCAGUGUUGGCCGCAAAGGAGGAGAAAUAAGCUUUAGAGCCAAACUAGAGGACCACAUUUCCCACCAGCCCACUGGAAUUCAGGAAAGUGGAAUCAAUGUUCCUGUUCUUUGUAUGCUGAUAUCAGGAGAUACAAGUAUGCUGAAGAGAGUAGAAAUCUCGCUGAAGAAAUCCUUGCCCUGGCUGGUUCUGGCUGGUUCUGGAGGCCUGGCAGAGUUCCUCAGCGACGUGGUGGAGAAUUUGUCCUCAUCUCCAGUGGUGCAGACUCCAUCUGAGGCCGACGGCGACCUCAGCCCCAUCGUGGACCUGAAAGAGAGGGUGGCAGAUCGGGUUAAGAAGUACUUCCCCAACGAAAAAGAAACUGACAAAGUCGUAGAACUGACUCUGAGCAUCUACCAAAACAAAGACCUAAUUACAGUUUAUAAUGGAACACAAGAGAGGCUGAAUGACUUUGACAAAGUGCUGCUCAAAGCGUUGGUGAGAGCAAGUAAGCAGCGUGUGUCCGUUGACGACAGUCCUUACAUCGAGGAGCUCAGGUUAGCGGUCACAUGGAACAGAGUUGACAUCGCCAGGAGUGAACUUUUCAAUGGAGACAUCCUCUGGAAAGAUAAAGAUUUGAAAGACUCCAUGACGAACGCCCUGAUCAACGAUAAGCCUCAGUUUGUACGGCUUUUUACGGAAAAUGGCUUCAACAUCCGGAGUUACCUGACUUAUAAAAAACUAGAAAAGCUCUAUCAGUCUGUGCCCAGUGGAACUCUCUUAUACCAGCUACUUGAGCGCCGCCUAUUGAUACGCCAUGGAAUUACAGCCCUCUCGCCUGCUCACGACAGCCAGCCGGAUUCACCAAACCAGCCUAAAGAGUCUAAUCAGUGCCAACCAGUGAUGAAAGUAACUCUUUUUGAGGUGUCUGGUGUUCUGGAUAUGCUACUUGAUGAUGUCUGCCAACCGUUCUACUAUGAUGUUUUGGAAUUGGGACAUUUUUCGUCCAGAAGAAGAGCCCUCAAGCAAGCUGCCAAGCUUCUGGUUGGGGAGAGCAAGUACAGGGAGGAGCGCUGCGUCUACCCCUGGGCUUCACUCUUCAUCUGGGCUAUCCUCCAGAGGCGGAAUGAGAUGGCCACCUUCUUCUGGGAGAUGGCAGGUGAGUCAGUGCUGUGCGCUCUCAGUGGUUGUAAAAUGUUGAGAGAGAUGUCCAAGCUGGAGACUGAGACUGAAGGCAAACUCUCCCUGAAAGAGAUGGCUCAGAGCUUUGAGAAUCUGGCUCAUGAUAUCUUCAGCUCUUGUUACCACAGCGAUGAGAAUCGUGCCUUUACCCUUCUGAUUAAGAAAUCUCCUGUAUGGGGCGGCACUACCUGCUUACAGAUGGGCAUGGGCGGCGAUACGAGACUUUUCUUCAGCCAUGAUGGCGUGCAGUCUCUCCUUUCCCAGAUCUGGUGGGGAGACAUGAAAAGGAACACAGAGGUGUGGAAGCUGUUGCUGACUUUCUUUUGCCCUAUCCUCUGCUACACCAGCCUCAUUUCCUUCAGAGGGCAAGAGGAACAAGAUAAGCCAGAAGAAGAAGAGGGGAAGCCGAACGAGGAGCUGCUGGAUAGCAACUAUGACUAUGGAACCACUGUGUACUCUUACCCUGACCUGAAACAGAAUGAAGCUGACGGUCAGGGUCCAACCACUCCUUCGACACCCAUGAUUAAUGACAAAGACCCACCUUUCAGACCGCCACGGCGUCCCUUCAUUGUAUCACGGUGGCGUCAGUUUUGGUUUGCACCUGUCACCUCAUUUUUGGGAAACGUCCUGAUGUACUUCCUCUUCCUGGUGCUCUUUGCCUAUGUGCUGCUGGUGGACUUCAAGCCGCAGCCUCCUUGGGGGCCGGCAGUCUCAGAGUACGUGUUGUACUUCUGGGUGUUCACCAUUGUGUGUGAGGAGAUUAGGGAGACGGCCUUUUUGGGGACGAGGAAUUGGCGCCAAAGGCUCAGAAGCUACAUUCAAGAUGUGUGGAAUAAAAUCGACAUCGUUGCCAUAACUCUGUUCAUCGUAGGUCUGAUCUGCAGGAUGUAUGAAAGGUCAUACGAGUUUGGCCGAGAAGUCCUGUGUGUGGAUUACAUGGUCUUCACUCUUCGCCUCAUUCAUAUCUUUGCCAUUCACAAGCAACUGGGACCAAAAAUCAUCAUCGUUGGGAAGAUGAUGAAGGACGUCUUCUUCUUCCUCUUCUUCCUGGGCGUGUGGCUCAUUGCAUAUGGAGUAGCCAAUCAGGCUUUGAUUUAUUCCUACGAUUCCAAUCCUGAUCGGAUCUUUCGCAGAGUUUUCUACAGACCUUACCUGCACAUCUUUGGACAGAUUCCAGUGGAGGAGAUUGAUUCUGGAAAAAAUUGGGACUUGGAAUGUACCAACAACAUGACAAUGAUUGACAGUGGUUCAGAACCUUGCAGAGUUGAGCACAGCAACUGGGUGGUUGUGGUCCUGCUGAUCAUUUAUCUGCUUGUCACCAACAUCGUGCUCAUUAACCUGCUUAUCGCCAUUUUUAGCCACACCUUCUCUGAAGUGCAGGCAAACAGCGACAUCUACUGGAAGUUUCAGCGCUACAACCUGAUUGUCACUUACCAUUUUCGACCGUCUCUGGCACCCCCCUUCAUCAUCAUUUCUCACAUCAACCUCUUCAUCAAGAGGGUUAUUCGCAGAAUGCCAUCGAUCAAAGUUCGCCACUUUGUAUUGGAGCUGGACGGGAAAGCAGCGAACAGGCUAACAACCUGGGAAACCAUUCAGAAAGAGGACUUCCUGACGGCUCGGAGCCAGACUCAGAAAGACAGUGAUUCCGAGAGAUUCAAGCUGAUCUCUGCCAAAAUGGAUGGGAUUCAGAAAAAUGUGGCUGAAACCAAAGACUAUGAACACAGACUAAGAUCUCUGGAGAAUGACAUGGAAUAUUGUUCAAAGGCUCUCAGCUGGAUUGUGGACACUUUAGCACAAAGCAGCACUUUCAAACAUCCACGACCUCCACCUUCUUUUAGAGAUUCUACCUCCUCAACAUCCAGCUGAACAUGAUUCAACCAAGGCGAUGGCAGAAAAUACACCAAAAGGAGAAAUGAUUAUGAAUGCAGCUUUUAUAGAACAUCAUGAACCUGUAAUGGAGGCUGCCAGCACGGAUGUGCAUCAUAACACCAAAGACGCUAAAGGGCUUCAAGUUCAGAAACAGCUUUUAGAACGAUUCAAUAAAAAUUUGCAAUGUGUUUUAGGACAACUGUGACUUUUAAUUGUGAUUAACUAUAGUUUACAUCUACACUGCACAUUGUCUGUCUUCAAAGGCAUUGCGGCAAGAGGGAGCGAAAAGUUACAACUCACAUGAAAGUUUGUUUUCAGGCCGUGUCACACAACCACUAUGUACGUUUUGCGUAUUUUCCACGUAUGAAAUGUCAGUCUUUCGUGAUGCGUGCGUGAUAAACAUAAUUCAUAAGUGUCUCUUGCGUUGGUCAUUUGUCGAGGGGCACACAUGUCCAUCCAAUUUUUGUUCAAUUGAGAAUUACGCAGUUUAUGCGUAUUUUACAAAGUUUAUAGGCAAUUAUAAUGUAAAUCGUACGUAGUUGUGCGUGAUUUUUGCAAGAUGCAUACGCAAAUUUGUGGCUUUCCACGACCGUUUCACGUAUGUCUGACUGACUGUUCACACAUGUACAAAUGGCGCAAUAAUCACACACGGUUCAUGUUCUACGUCGGCUUACGUGUUCUUUGCGUGGAUUUAUCUCUGUGAUUUUUAGCGUGGUUCAUUCGUGAUACAUGAGCGAAAAUUUCACGUAAAGACCACAACUUUUCUUUUUCCACGUAUGACCAAUUUUCAUCCGUGUAAUAUGCACAAAAUGUAUGUAGUGAUGCGGCCUUUCUCUACAUUUAUGGAAGAGAUUUUACAAAAUACAUGUUCUUUAAAGACAAGUGACUAUUUUCUAUUAUAUUAAUGUCAAAAUAUGAACUUUGAGGUUUUUUUCUUUGUUUUUAAAUUUUAAGAUUGUAAAGAGUUAGCUGUUUACAUAAAUAUUAUUGUACAGUUUUCAUUUCAGCUCGAUCUCUUUAUUUGUGUGUUUCUAAAUUUUUUUUAAUGGAGCCAUUAAAGGUUUUAACUGGACUUUUGGUCUUCAAGAGGUGCUAUCCUUGACACCACGUCAUUUCUGUUACAUUUGUAAUCCCUUCAAUAAAUCAAGAGAAUAAA